CUGCUCUCAGGCCCAGUAGCAGCUGCAGGGCAUUUUUUGCAGGCUGCUCUCUGUCAGGACCGGGCGAUCAGAGAGUACAGUGGAAGAAAAGUAGCCAACUCUUGUGCCUUUUGGAGCAGCAUCUGGUCCUGCCUUCUCAUAAGCAAAGCUCUUUUGAGGAAAUGUCAGACCGAGCGGUGGAACUCACCAACAAGCCUUUCGCAGUCCAGUUGUCCAAUGUCUAUCUUAGCAUUUUGGCACUGUUCUGCUUCAAGCUUUUUGUUAAGAUUUCUCUCAACUUGCUGACAUACUUCUAUAUAGUCCGUGGGAACCGUAAAGAAGCUGCCCGGAUAUCAGCAGAGUUUUAUGACUACGGUCAACAACACAGAUCCUGGGCGGACCGCUCACCCCUCCACGACGCUGCCAGUCAGGGCCGCCUCCUCGCCCUGAGGACCCUCAUUUUACAGGGUCACAAUGUGAAUGUUCUGACUAUAGACCAUGUGACACCCCUUCAUGAGGCCUGCCUCGCAGACCAUGUUGCCUGUGCCAGGGCGCUCAUUGAUGCAGGAGCGAAUGUCAAUGCAUCUACAAUUGAUGGAGUCACCCCUCUGUUCAAUGCCUGUAUGGUGGGUAGUGUGGCUUGCACUGAAAUCCUUUUGGAAAAUGGAGCAAAACCCCAGAGCCUUGUAUACCAACCUUCACCGAUACAUGAAGCGACCAGCAAAGGUCAUUAUGGUUGUGUUGAGGCCCUGGUGACUUGGGGGGCCGAUGUGGACAUGGACAUUCCUCACCUGGGUACAGCGCUCUACACUGCCUGCAUCUGCCAAGAGCUGGAGUGUGCCAGGAAACUCCUGAAGGAAGGUGCAAAUGUUCAGAAAGGCAAAUCCCUGGAUUCGCCACUACACGCAGCAGCAGAAAAGGACUGCACCGCCGUGGUGAAGCUGCUGCUGGACUUUGGGGCUGAUAUUAAUGCCAGAAACACAGAGUUUCAGAGACCGGUAGAUGUGGCUCCACCCAGCAGUCUGACAGAGGGCUUCCUGCUGUUCUACGAAGCUACGCCACGCCUGCUGAGCCAGUUGUGUCGUCAGUGCAUCAGAAGCUGCGUUGGCCGCGACAGACUCCACCUUCUUUCCCACCUUCCUCUUCCCAACAGGCUCAAGAACUACCUGCAGUACCAAUGACCUAAUCUAAACACAUCAGAACCGGUUUGGCCGUAAUGCUGGGGUCCCAGCAUACCCUGAGGGAUUAUUUCAACCAGACACAGAGCAGAAACUGAAUAAAGGAAGUACCCAACUGCACCAACCAACCAAAAGAUGCACUUCAGCUCAGAACUUCAUAUCCACCCAUCAUCAGAAUCAAUGUCAUAUAAAUGUGGGAGCAGCAAACUGUGUCCAAGUUGUGACCCUCUAGCUGUAGACAUGUAAACAUGCUUCACUCUGGAUGGUGACACUCGACUUUUAGCUUUUUCCACUUAAUGAUAGGCUGGAGCCGUGUUGGUUGUUCCUGUACAUGUACUCAUGUCUUUCAUUUUAGCUGGGGCAGUGUGAUUGAGAAGAGUGAAAACUGGACACAACAGGAGGAUUCUAAUGGGACACUAACCCAAAACACACACCAGCACUGCUUUGUAAUACAUAAAACAGGCUGAAUAAUUUUUAAAAUUACCCAGCCUCAGCUCUAUUAAUAAUUCAUCCACUACGCUUAAAAGCAGGGUCCAUACAAAGAAAAAUAAAACAACCGUUCCCAUUUCUAAAAAGAAGAAUGGUAAAAUAUCUAACCAGAAUCAUGUCAGAUUCUUCUUAAUGGUUUCCCUGCAAAUUACUAAAGAACAUUUAUUCAAACAUUAUUGGGUGAAUCUUAAUUUUUAAGCCUGCAUGUGUAAUUUUUUUUCUUUUUUUUUACCGUGAGUAGACUACAGAAAAUCCACAAAGAAUUCACGUUUGUUUUUAAAACCACUCUGAAGUCCUAAGUGUGUAAAAUAAAUGUACCAUGGUUCAAAUCAACAAUGCAUGGACGUAAACUUCUGACUGGAAGUGCAUGUGCAUAAAGUUCACUGUGAGGUCACUGAAUGUGAAGGAAAUUGCUGCUGGAACUUUUAGGGGUCGCUAGUCUGAUUAUGGUCAUCCAGAUGCUCUGAAAAAGUAAAUAUCACUUCAUUUCUGUUCUGCACAUGUGAUGCCUUGUUAGAUAAAGCAACUAAAAUCACACAAGCACUUUAUAAUGAAAAAAAACAUUGUUUUAAGAGGUUUUCAUGUUAUAAUAACACACUACAGUAUACAUGAACAAAUUUCUUUUAUUUGAUAUUGUAAGCACUGAACACUACUUGAUCAUUUAAAGUUGACUCUUGCGCAUUCAUGA